AUGUCCGAGUUUACAAGAAACCUUAUUGAAGACUUGACCGAGCUUUUAAAAAAUUCUGAUGAAUAUAAUAUCAAAAUUAUCGUUGGAGAAGAUAAAAGCAUUCAAACGUUUCAAGCUCACUCGAUCGUUUUGCGUGCACGUUCCCCGUAUUUUCGACGUGCUUUAUCAAAAGAAUGGGCUAAAAAAGAAGGCGCAAUGAUGGUUUUUAAAAAACCAAAUAUUUCACCUAAAAUAUUUGAGCUUAUACUCAAUAUAAUCGAUCUCGAUAAAGAAAACGGACAUCAUGUCUUGAGUUUACUUAUCGCUGCAGAUGAACUAGAAAUCGACGAAUUAAUCAAUCACGCCCAAGAGUUUUUGAUUACAAAAAUGUCUACCUGGGUUCAACAGAAUCUCGUAAAGAUUAUGCAUACCGUUGACCUUCACGAAUCAUUCAAGAGAUUGAAUGAGUAUUGUGAUGCAACUAUCAGGGAAGAACCUCAUAUGUUUUUCAAAUCAGGGGAUUUUUUAUCUCUAAAGGAACAUGAACUUGUAUCUUUGCUAAAAUGCGAUAAUCUAGCAAUGGACGAAAUCGAGGUUUGGAAUUCAAUCAUCAAAUGGGGUACUAAGAAUACCUCAAAUUUAGGCAACCAACCUAUUUCAAAAUGGACACCUCAAUACUUUGCGUCUCUAGAACAGACGCUUCAUCAAUGCAUUCCAUUGAUCCGAUAUAGCGAUAUCUCCAGCAAUGAUUACUUCGAAAAAGUAAUUCCUUAUCGGCGAAUACUUCCAAAAGAUAUAAAAAUGGAAAUGUUGGGUUAUCAUCUUAAAAACUCUACUCCACAACCUAUUAAAAUUCUACCUCCUCGAUCAGGCUCCAUUGAUUCUAAGAUUAUUAGCUCUAAACACAUUAAUGAUGGAAAUGUAAAGUUUUCACGCAGUGUUUCAGGAAAUCAAAUUGCAUAUAAUCCUUAUCAAAUUACUUACGGCCCAUAUUUUUAUAAUGAUCUAUUGAUCGGCGACCAAUGCGAUCAAAAUGCUUCGAGUUGGUAUCGUCCUUGUCUCUUUAACACGCCGAAUAAUAAUAUAUGGGAUGACAAUAAUGCUUUCAAAUAUUUCCAAGUAGAUGAAUUUGAA